AUGGCACGCGAGCGCCUGAAAGCGGUCGGCGAAGUCCUGGACCGUGGUGGUGAAGGCGAGGCGUCCCAGCUCGGCGAGGCGGCUGCCACGGAGGGUCGGCCCAAACCGCUGGAGGCACAGGUCGCGGAAACGCUCCCAAGGCGGCAUCCCGCCCUCGUCCUGCUCGAGGGCGUAGUGGCAAAACGGACAGAUGAGGCUGUGGACGUACUGCUUCAUAGGAUGUCUGAGCUGGGUUGCGUCCCCAAUGUUAUCUCAUACAACAUAGUUCUCAAGAGGUUAUGUGAAGAUAGAAGGAGCCAGCAAGCACUUGACCUGCUCCUUACGCUGGCAAGAGAAGGAGGUGGCUGUUCCCCCGACGUGGUGUCAUACAGCACGGUCAUCCAUGGCUUCUUUAGGGAGGGUGAGAUAGGCAAAGCAUGCAAUCUCUUCCAUGAAAUGGUGCAGCAAGGAGUUGUGCCCAGUGUGGCAACAUACAACUCGGUUAUUGAUGCAUUGUGCAAGGCCAAAGCAAUGGACAAGGCAGAGCUAAUCCUUCGGCAGAUGGCCGAUAAUGGUGUUCGGCCGAAUAAUGUGACAUACAAUUGCAUAAUCCAUGGAUAUUCCACAUCAAGGCGGUGGAAAGAGGCAGCUAAAAUGUUCAAAGAAAUGACAAGCCUGGGUCUUGUACCAAAUUUUAUUACUUGCAACUCGUUCAUGGUCUCCCUUUGCAAGCAUGGAAGAAGCAAAGAAGCUGCAGAAAUUUUUAAUUCCAUGGCUGACAAGGGACACAAACCUGAUAUCAUCUCGUACACUAUUUUGCUUCAUGGAUAUGCCAGUGAAGGGAGCUUCGCUGAUAUGAUCAAUCUCUUUAACUCAAUGAAAGACAACGAUAUUGUACCCAACUGCCAUGUUUUCAGCAUAUUAAUUGGUGCAUAUGCUAGGUGUGGAAUGAUGGAUGAAGCGAUGCUCAUUUUUGCAGAAAUGCAGGAACAAGGAGUGACUCCGAAUGUAGUCACCUAUUCAACUGUAAUAGCAGCACUUUGUAGAAUGGGUAGGCUGGCCGAUGCUGUUGACAAAUUCAAUGAGAUGAUUGCUGUGGGAAUACAACCUAACAAUGCUGUUUAUCAGUCCCUAAUUCAGGGUUGUUGUAUACAUGGUGAUCUGGUUAAAGCUAAAGAGUUGGUUUCUCAAAUGAUGAACAAAGGUAUCCCCCGCCCUAACAUCGUGUUCUUCAAUUCAGUAAUAAACGGUCUAUGCAAAGAAGGAAGGGUUGUGGAUGCACAAGAUAUAUUUGACUUAGUUAUACACAUUGGUGAGACGCCGGAUGUCAUUACUUUUAAUUCACUGAUUGACGGGUAUGGCUUAGUCGGCAAGAUGGAUACAGCACUUGGAAUACUUGAUGCCAUGGUAUCAGCAGGUGUUCAGCCUGAUGUUAUUACAUAUAGUACACUUGUGAAUGGAUAUUUUAGAAAUGGAAGGGUCGAUGAUGCUUUGGCUCUAUUCGCAGAAAUGCUGCAUAAGGGAGUUAAACCUACAACUGUCACAUAUGGCAUCAUAUUGGAUGGGUUAUUUCGUGCUGGGAGAACUGAUGAUGCAAAGAAAAGGUUCCGUGAGAUGACCCAAAGUGGAAUAACUGUCAACAUUUCCAUAUACAAUAUAAUUCUUGGAGGGUUUUGCAGAAAUAAUUGUGCCGGCGAAGCAAUCACGUUGUUCCAUAAAUUAGGUGAAAUGAAUGUGAAGUUUGAUAUCAAAACACUCAAUAUCAUGAUCGAUGCAAUGUACAAGCUUCAGAGAAGAGAAGAAGCUAAAAAAUUAUUUGCUGCAAUAUCAAACAGUGGGUUGGUACCUAAUGCUUUUACUUAUAGCAUAGUGAUAAAAAAUCUUCUAAAAGAAGGAUCACUGGAAGAAGCUGACAAUAUAUUUUCAUCAAUGGAGAAGAUUGGUUGUGCUCCGAGCUCCUGUCUUAUAAAUGAUAUCAUUAGAAUGUUGUUGGAAAAUGGCAAGAUUGCCAAGGCCGGAGAUUAUUUGUCUAAAGUUGAUGGGAAGAGCAUCUCACUUGAAGCUUCAACUACUUCAUUGAUGCUGUCUCUCUUUUCAACGAAUGGGAAAUAUCGGGAGGAUAUGAAAUUGCUCCCUGCAAAGUACCAAAUCUUUGAUGGACUUGGUUGAGUAGUUGAUUGAUCGCAUAUGAGACCACCUCAUGACAAAUCACAUGGAUUUUUUUUUCCUCACAUAAAGCCCUCCUGCCAGCAUAAGAAAUCCAAAUUGUCUGCUUGGACCAACACAAAUACACCAAGUUUGCAUAGGAGACGGGGUCAAAGCAUUUGCAUGAUGAGAAUGUCUUGCUCUUGUACACAUGCAGUGUGCAUUACUCUUCAUUUUUUAUAUCUGGUACCUGAAUUCCACGUCGGUGCUGCUAUGCCUCGUUGUGCUCUGUUUGCCAUGUCAAGCUUCUCAAAAGAAGCCUGGUGACCGGGUGUAUACGUGAGCACGCAUCCAAGCUUUUGGCCUAAACUUCUGUUCCAAUGACUUGGAAGCAUCCGGACUCCAGAGUUCCCAGAAGAUUGUCAAAUUUUAGCGAGCUGUCCCUGCACUUACGGAUGGAGAAGAGCUUACUGCAAGUGGAACUCACAGUUCUAAAGGAAAUCCCCAAAUAAAGUUCCCUUUUACUUUCCAAGAUCCAGUGAGCGGAGAUUCGAACCCGACUCACCUAUCUAAACUAAACUGAAGAUUUACUGUUGAACGAUGCAAAUUCAAUGAAGACUAUCCAGUUGAAAUCAACAUAGUCGACAAAUGAGUGUGUUCCCCAGAAGAAAUAUCCUUUUUGAACCAGCAGUUGUAUCUUCUCACUUGUACUGACAGCAAAGACUUGUUGGAUGCCAAAGCAAAAAUACUGCCAAAGCAAAAAUACAGAAUCAGUCAAGUAAGAGCACAGGCUCCAUGGAGUGGGUGUCGGGAUUUCUGCAAAGUUGCCAACACUUCCAGACCAGUGUUGGUUUGUGAGCAGGAUCUGACCAUCCAUCCAUCCAUCCAUCCAUCCAUCGAGGAGUCACUCCUGAGUCCUGCCUUUCAUGUCUUGUUCAGAAGUUGAUGAUGCAAAACCUACCUGAACCCAAAUGCUCGGGGAGCCAAACAUUUUGUGAAGGAAAAUAAAAUGUGAUGGUGGGAUUGCCAUACCCAUGAAGCUUUUGUGGCACGUGUUUUCUGUACAAGCAGGAACAUGAUGAACUUCUGAUGUUUUUAAAGCUGCAGAACGAUCGUGCUGCUGCCAUUGCCGAUCUGAGCGAUGUGCAAUUGCGGUUUCAUCCUAUAUAUGAGGCCAUCCGAUUUGAUACUA